AUGUCACUGUUCACGUCAUCCUUGCAGCUGGACUUCUUGUUCGAGUGGGCUCUUUUGUGCAGUAGAAUUUCUUCUUUAGUCAGACUCUUAGGCAGUUGUAUUAUGGAAGCUGCAUUUAAUUCCAGGAAAUCUCUUUUGGCAGUUAGGCUUCAUGUUCAACUGGAAAGCUUCAAAGUACUUGCAAUUAGAGAGGUCGGUUCAGCUUUGGAGAUAAAUUUGAUAACUGGGGUGAAUCAGAACUGCCUAUUGUAUGAAAUUUUCAGUGUUCUUCGGGAAGAAGGUGCUGAAGUUCUAACUGCUAGCUGA